GCACACUUGAACCGAGCUGCUCUAUGAAGGUAGGCUGCAGCGUGUGUUUAUUGAUGAGAUGAAAAGAAGAUGGAAGUGAGAAAUGAAACAAAGUAAAGGAACAUAUUAAAGAAAAAAAACUAUACGCGCUUCGUCGGGGGAAAACAGGGGGAGCCGUGGAAACGCUGUCGCCACUUUUUGAACGAGCUUCGAAGUGCGGAGCAACAUAUGAUUUGGACAGAGAGGACUGACAGCCUUGCCUAGCACCCGGCCUCUGAUCAGCCAUCUCCACCAGCAAACUGAGGCUUGACCCGCACUUCAUCACCAGCCACACAAGCAUCUUCGUAACAAAACGUCAUCUAACUGUGACAUCAGUUGCAAGGGGAUGACCGAGCGCAUUCAUAACAUCAAUCUCCACAACUUCAGCAAUUCUGUACUUGAGACCCUCAAUGAGCAGCGCAACCGUGGGCACUUCUGUGACGUGACUGUUCGGAUCCAUGGAAGUAUGCUGCGAGCUCACCGGUGCGUGCUGGCUGCUGGAAGCCCCUUCUUUCAGGACAAGCUGCUCUUGGGCUACAGCGACAUUGAGAUCCCUUCUGUGGUCUCAGUGCAAUCCAUCCAAAAGCUGAUUGACUUUAUGUACAGCGGGAUCCUGCGGGUAUCUCAGUCAGAGGCCCUGCAGAUCCUAACUGCUGCCAGCAUCCUACAGAUCAAGACCGUCAUAGAUGAGUGUACCCGCAUCGUGUCCCAGAAUGUUGGCCUGGCUGGGCCCGGGGGGUUCCCUGUUAUGCCAGGUGAUUCUGGUCAGGAAACACCCCGUGGCACACCAGAGUCCGGCACCUCCGGGCCCAGCAGCGACGCAGAGUCAGGUUAUAUGCAAGCAACAUCACAGCAAAGCGUGGAUCGUGCAUACACAUCACUGUACUCCUAUUCUAGCCUCUCUCUGCAGAAUGGCACCCGCGAGCGCCCUCUUUACCUUAACCCUCUGUCAACAAAUUACGAUCCAGCUCUCAGCACUCAGAAGGACCAGCAAUCUCAAGAUCCACCUUGGAUGAACCGCAUCCAGGAGAGAUCUCAGCAGGUUGAUCGCUUUAUCACCACAGCAGAGUCCACUCACUGCCGCAAGCAACCCCGACCGGUACGCAUUCAGACAGGAGGGAUGCACAUAAAGCAGGAGGCUGAAGAUGAGUACACUUGCUAUGAUAAUUUGGGGGACUGCCAAGACGACACUGACCAGACUGAGGGUGUAGAGAGUGAAUCCAAGGUUGAAAGUUUUGACUCAGGGGUGAGCUCCUCCAUCAGUACUGAGCCAGAUGCUAUGGAGCAGCAGCCGUACCUGACGGGCUUUGGCCGAGAGGGGGACGGGCAGCACGGGGAUGGAGGUCCGGUACAGAUAGAGGUCAAUGACUCGUCCCCAGAGCAAGUGCACGAGACAGAGGAUGGGGACACAUCCCACAGCACUAGUGACAGUAGCAUGAUGCAGCCCCUGCCAAACUCAGUCAUGUCCCAGUCCCUGCCAAGUGCCACGCACUACAUGCGCCAGGCAGAAUCACACACCAGCAACCUGAGGAUGCCGCUCACCGUGACCAGCAAUUCUCAAGUGAUGGGCACUGCUGGAAGCACCUUCCUGCCCACACUCUUUCCUACACAGCCGGCUAGAGACACCAAGCCUUUCCUUUACCUUCCUGGCCAGCAGCAACCCCAGUUUGUGGCAGUGCCGCCCCCUGCAAUGCCAUCAUUCCCGAACCCGAUGUCGGUACAGCAAGCGCCAGCUCAGCAGCAACAGGCUGCAGGAGGAAUUGGUCAGGGGGAAAAGAAGCCCUAUGAAUGCACUCUCUGCAGUAAAACCUUUACUGCAAAACAGAACUACGUCAAACACAUGUUUGUCCAUACUGGUGAGAAGCCUCAUCAGUGCAGCAUCUGCUGGCGCUCGUUCUCCCUGAAGGAUUACUUAAUCAAACACAUGGUGACACACACAGGGGUGCGGGCCUACCAGUGCAGCAUCUGCAACAAGCGUUUCACCCAGAAGAGCUCUCUUAAUGUCCACAUGCGGCUGCACCGUGGAGAGAAGUCCUAUGAGUGCUACAUCUGCAAGAAGAAGUUCUCACACAAAACCCUGCUGGAGAGGCACAUGGCCCUGCACACCACAGGCAGCGCCAUCACAGGGUUGUCGGGGAGCGCAGGUACCCCAGGCCCAGUCUCCAUUUCCAUCCCUAUGGCUGUCCCUGAGCCUGGAGCUGGAGUGGUGGCCCUCGCCAUGCCAGUGAGUGGAGGUGCUGGAGUUGGUGCUGGGGUUGGAACAGGAGUGGGUGUAGCUGCAGAAGCGAGCUGCCAAGAAGGGACCACCUACGUGUGCUCCGUCUGCCCUGCCAAGUUCGACCAAAUGGAGCACUUCAAUGACCACAUGCGAAUGCAUGUCUCCGAUGGAUAAGUACAAAUAGAUAAACUUCUUUCAAAAAGAAUGACAAAUAAAAUGGCACUAGAUUUUCCUUUUCUUAUUUUGAGGUAUGAAGAGUAAUGAGUAUAGACACUGGCACAUUAAGUUUCCCAAAAAAAAAGAUUUUUUUUUUCUGUUAUUCUAAAAGAAAAAAAAAGAUGGUGGCCUUAAGGCUUAGUAGUUUGAUAUUGAUCUACUGGAUGGAUCCUAACUACAGGCCUCUAAAUGUAUGCUUUCCUAAAAUACUGAUUUAUGUGUUGAACACUACCGAAAGGCCUACGAAAGAAACACAUACACACAAACACACCUUUAGUGUAGAUACGUCUGAGAGAAUAUACAUGUGCAUUAAUGUUUGAGCGUCGCAUGUGUCUGUCUGUUCGUCUGUGCAAGCCUGUGUGUGUGUGUCUCUGUGUGUGUGUGUGUGUGUGUGUGUGUGUGUGUGUGUGUGUGUGUGUGUGUGUGUGUGUGUGUACAUUGCCAUGAAACAUAAAUCAUGGCAGUUGUGAACCCAUACUGACCAGUUUGGAAACUAUAGAUGUCCAAGCUUACUGUGGUAUAAUUUACAACAACAAUAACAAAAAAAUCAUCUGGGGUCGGGCUACAUAUUCCCUCUAAAAUACUGAUGGUCACAAGAUUGCCUUCUUAUGUAAAAUAAAAAAAGGAGAGUAGUUAAUUUGACACUGGGUUUUAUUUAUUCCUAUGGUAUUAAGGGAUUAUAAUGCAGCUGUUGUCAAGGUACCAAUUUCAAUUAUUUUACUGAGAUGUAACUUCCCAUUGUUGGUGAUGGGGACAAAUAUUUCUCACAUGUUUUAUAAUUACUGUCCAUGCAUUUUGAUGGUUAAAAUUAAGUUGACUAAAUUAAGGGUGUGUUGAUGAGACAGUAUUUGAGCAAAAAUAUGUUUCUUUUUUUCUGAAGUUUGGAGUUUAACUCAUUUGCAUACACUGCCACUAAUAUCUUAAAAAGACUGUUAAGGCUAGUAGACCUCUUCCAUUUCAAAACAUGAGAAAAAAAGAAAGAUUCUUUUGCUGAUGGGUUUUUGAGCCUUUUACAUUCACAGUUUAUGGCAGGCUGGAACAUGUGACUAAACUCUCUCCUUCAUAAUUGCUGCUCUUCAACUUGCACCUGACUGUUAUGGGAUGUAGAUUUAAAAAAGACAAAAAAGGACUUGUCACUUCAACUGUUGUUAUUGAAUAGCCUAUACGGUUUUAAUUUGAUAAUGGAAUUAUGUAUUGGGGUUGGGGGGAUUUAGGCUAGUUGUUGAUUGGAACAGUGUUAAAGAGGGAGGAAUUGAAUUUGAAUCAAAUUUGAAUUGGAAAUAAAUGCCAUCCUGAUCUGAGAAUCCCUGUAUAACCUGUUCAUUACUAUUGCAAAGCUAUUUUAGCAGGUGGGAGCUGAAUGCAUGACUCUUUAUGUACUAGCUCCCCCUGAAGGCUCAAAUGGCAUGCAACAUUUUGAAAGGAAAUACGGCCUCAAAGCAAAACAAGUAGCUCCAUUGAUAUCACACUGUUUCAUGAUAUACCACAAGUUGCAGAUGGACUUUCUAGACAAUAGUAUACAUUCCUGAUUUUUCUAAAAAAAAAGAACCUAGACACACAUGUACAGAAUAGAUUCGGAAGCUAGUGUGCGCAAGUUGUCAUCCAUGCAUCACAUCACUUAAGGCUCAUUUUUGAUAUUUGAAUUGUUUUAUUUUUUUUUAAUUGCUUUUCAUCCAAAAUAGGACACACAUAUGCACACACGCAUGCACACACACACACACACACACACACACACACACACAGACACAUUUACACACACACACACUCGAACACACACCACACAAAUGCAACUGCAAUCUGAAGGAUUUGCUCAUUUAUGUGAGCAAACACUUUUUGUAGUUGUAUGGUUAAAAGAAUAACUAACUGCAUACAGCGGUCUUAAAAAGACCAGCUGUAGGUUUUAAAAAAAACAAAGUGCUACUUUGCACAUUUUCUUAAAAUGCCUGUGCUUAAUAUUUAAUCAUUUUCCUUAAAUGAACUAUGAUUUCUUUUAUUCAAUUUCAAAGGAAAAAAAAAACAUUUUUUAAAUCUUGAUAAGUGGACUGCAUUAUUUUCUUGCAUAUAUGUUGCACUGCUUAAACCAAUAAGUGCACUACUGUUAACAGAGAUAUUAUAGUUUUAGAAAAAAAAAGAGGAUUUUUUUUAAUCUAACAUUUGGUUGUAGAGUUCACAUGUAAUAGAAUAGCUUUGUUUCAGUUAUUCAUUAAGUAAUUCAGCGGUUCUUGGCUUUUGUUAUUGCUUGCAGUUACCUACAGUAUAUACUCAUGCCGUGUUAAUGCAAGCAUUUAUUUUUAUUUAAAUUUGUACCAUUACGUGUGCUCAUCUAUGUUUUAACCUUUUAAUUCAUUCUUUUAUGGAGUCAGUUCCCUAUAACAGUUAUUCAAUUGCAUUUCUUUAGAAACAGACAGACUUUUCCUACAAGAACAUCCAAGCCAAACAACAUUAACAGUGAAACAACAACAGUAAUAAUAAACACAACUCCCGUCCAACUCCGUUGGCGGAGGUAAUAAUAAUAGCUAUUAUUAUAUUAUUAAUAAUAAUACAUUUAUAAUGUGUGUGUGUGUAACAUAAAUGAUAUACGUGUCCUAGAACAACUAUGUGUGGGUUUAAGGGUGUGGUGAGGUGAUGGAAUGCAGCUUCUUUGAUAUCUGUCUGUCAGUUGUACACAGUUGUGUCCCUUCCUUAGUGUUCGUAUGUCUGUGAGUGUCUGUGUGUUGGUAUAUAGCCUAAUCAAACAGUUGAUAAGUGGAAUAUCUGAACUGUAGGGCUUCCUUUGCAAUAUGCAGCGCAGGUACUAUGAGAAGCAGUUCUCCAAACCUUUUGGGCUAAUAAGGCACCUGUGACAUUUGUUCGGAGAUUUGACUCAAGCCUAGGUCAAGUACUGUUGACUUCAUUGUGCCCGUGUGGAGAAGUAAUGUCAAGCAUUUUGAUGCUGAAUUUCAUAUAAUUGCGACUAGAUUUCAAAUCCCUGUGGAGUCGGUUGAAGUGAGGUCAAGUGAUGAACAUACAGUAUGAGACCCAGAAAGUUCCUGUAUUCUGGUUUCUCCUCUGCUAAGAAAAAAAAAUCGGUCACAUAUGAAAUAUGCUGAAAAAAAGCAUGAGGUGAGUCCUCAGUAAAAGUAGCACAUUAUUUAACAUUUGAUCGGGCCUGUCUCCUAUGGUGUGCAUAUAAGCCUAAAUUGUAUGGUUCCUGUUUGUAGCUGUGGUUGCCAGGAUGGCAAUAUUGCUGCAUGCUAGUGCUAUAUUUGUCUCUACACAGCACGUGGAGGGUAAUCUCUUGCCUUAACAGACAAUGCACUAAAUAGAAUAUGUAAGCAACUGCCGAGAUCUCUUUCCAACAGCAUUGCCACAAGUUUGGCACACAGCUCAUGACGUUGGUGUUUGUUGUCUGUUCAGUACCAAGUUUAAACACUGCCAAAAAUGAACAUCAUCACUUCUUUGAAAGCAAAGGCAGAGACAUAAAUUUCAGUGUAAUGUGUGUAUUCAGUAAUCUAGCAUUCCUUCAUGGCACCUAAAUUUUUGCAUAUUUUGUGUAAACACAUAUAUCAAAUGCACUAUUGACUGUAGCUAGAUGAGUACAACCAGCUUUGUGGUAUCAUUGGUCUAAAUAGUAGGUUAAGUAGCUCGAUGUUGGUUUUUUGAGAUAUUUGAUUUCAGAAUUACACUAUCAAUUGUUUCUCUAUCAUUUUGGGGUUUUUUUUUCUUGGAAUAACAAAAGUAGCCAAUCUCAACGUUAUCCGGAUGAGGGCUAAUAACUCGUCCCAUCGUCAAGUUGACUUCUUGUAUCAUAAGGUGUUUGAUAGCAGACCAGGCUCGGAAGGGGAAGAACCUUCUCUCCAGUGUGUCAUAAACAUGCUAUAGCAUACCCAGGCGUUUUUCCCCCCGUCCCCUUGUUGCAUUAGCAUCACAUGCUCUUCACUGUCCAUAGUUAUAUAUUCCUUAUACUGCUUCAGCUACUCGUGGUGGUGCUUAAUUCUCUUUUCUCAGUGUUGCAAAAAAAGUUGAUUAAAAAUUGUUUUUUCAAAAGCGUUGCAACAUAAUCCAGAAAAUAAGUCCUUAUCUCAAUUGUGCUUCUUCUAGUUGUUAGUUUUUAAAAGAAAAAAAAAGAGUCUAGACUUCUGUUUGCAAAGUGUACGCGUAUUUUCCAGAACAAAACAUAUUGAAUCGUAGAUAAUAGCCUUGAGCCUGCAGCUGUUUGUAUUGUGUUUCAAAUAUAUUACUGUUCAUGUUUUGUUUAUCUUAGCAUAGAGACGAAGAGUCUACAGUACAUUGUUGUCCUUCUUGCAGUAUGUUUAAUUCAUCGUUAUACUUCUUUAUUUCACACUUACUCUUGCUUUUUCUUUCCUGGUGAUCAUAGUGGUGUUGUUUAUACAUAGCUUCAUGCGGCUGGAUAAAGGAUAGUCAGUUAUUGAGUAAUAUUUCACAGUGUACUAUAUAUAUGCAUACGGUAUAUACGCUUUGCAUUGAAAUGAAAACAAGGAAAUGGUAAGAUGGUGAGGGUCUUGUUAAGUGAGGAACAGGUUCAUUCUAUUUUGAUAAGCACGUGUCUGUCUUCCUGUUUGUCUUUCAGUCUGUCUCCACACAUUUUAAUCCAGAUUUUUUUUUUCAAAGCAUGAAUUAAGUCACAAAGUUGAGAAUAGAUUACAGAAAACACCUUUCAGAUAAUACUUUACUGCAUUUUUUUUGUCCUUCUACAGUACACAUAAGAGUGAAAUAGAUCUUACAAAUAUACUAUAUAUAUAUAAGAAUCACCGUCUCCACACAGAUUAAGAAUACAUUUUCAGAUAGUUUUAGUUUUCAGAUAGAAAAACGUAAUUGCAGCUACCUACAGUACCUUGUGGGAUAUAGGGAAUAUGCCUAUCAAGUGCCUAUCAGUACAUACAGCAACUAUACAGAAUAUUCAUAGUUUUUCUCUCCUACGUUGCACAUAUACAGUAUAUACACAAUGGUCUAUUAGAAAUAUACUAUUUAUGCUAUUACUGCUAAAACCUGGUGGUUGUGAGUGCAUCCUAAGAGAACCCUUUAAAAUACCUGAAAUGUCCUAUUCAUAAACAGCAAAGGCUACAUCUGUAUUUUUAUUUUACAUUCAUACUGUUUGGAGGAUUCAAAGAUAUCAAAUGCAAUCACAAUUUAUAUUUAAAAGAAUAUACAAAUAGGUAGGUUCAGAUUGUAAUGUGAAAUCUUAAAAUUGGAUGACCAUUUUCUUCUGUUACGUUGCUCGCUCUCACAGGUGUUUAGCAUCUUGCACAUGCCCUUUAAAAAAAAAUUCUCUUUUUUUUUACCAUUUGCAAACAAGCCAUAUAAUGUACUGUAUGGUUUUUUUUCGGGGGGGGGG